GGUAAACUAAUUUGAGGCUUGCUCAAACCUACCACGGCAUUAUUUACACAAAUAAGCCCGUUUUGGCAAUAAACUGGGGUCUUUGGUCGUAUUGUUGGCAACAAGUGUCAUCCUCAUCCAAGUGUCAUUUUUCCACGUGUGUCAACAAAAUGGGGGCCGGAGACAAGAAAAUUGAGUGUUUGGUUGUCGAUACGACUGCUUUUAUCCAAAACGCCCCAUUACAAGACGUUGCGGAGAAAAUGGUCACAUGUCAAAGUGUCGUUGACGAAAUUUUGAACAAAAGACAGCUCAAACGUUUGGUGGUUUUGCCUUAUGACCUUCAGGUCAAGGAGGUUUUUCCGGAAAAUAUCAAAAUUGUGACAGAAUUUGCAAAGAAAACCGGGGAUUACCCAAGUCUGUCUGCCACCGAUAUCCAAGUUAUGGCUCUUACGUAUCAGUUGGAGAAGGAAGCGGUUGGGGUGGAGCACCUGCGUACUGAACCCGUCUUCCAGAGGACUGUGACCACCACAGGGCCAACUGUCGAUUUACAUCCUGACGUAACAGGGUUUUUCCUGCCAGGACACACAAAAAUAAAAGAUAGACCAGGAGAAACAAAUGAAGAAACAGAUGAAAUUGAGAAAUUGCAACAAAAAUUCGAAACAAUUGAAUGCGCUGACGAGGAAACAAGCGAGGAUCAUGACGUUCUGGUGCCAGUUGACGACGCUAGCGACAUCUCUGGAUCAAAUUCCGACGAAGAUGACGAUGACGACAGUGGCUGGAUCACCCCUUCCAACGUCUCCCAGGCCAAAAAACAAGUCAACUCCCAGCUCAUUGAGGAAAAACACGUGAAGAUCGCCUGCAUGACCACCGACUUCGCGAUGCAAAACGUCCUCAAACAGAUGAACCUCAAUGUGGCCGCCCUUGACGGCCGCAUGAUCAAACAACUCCGGACCUACAUCCUGCGUUGUUACGCCUGCUUCAAGACUACGAGCAUCAUGACGAAGAAAUUUUGCCCCAAAUGUGGCCUCAACACGCUCAAAAAAGUGGCGGUCUCACUUAACGAAGACGGCAAACUCCAAAUACACAUCAACGCAAAGCGCCCUCUAACGGCGCGCGGCAAGAAGUUCAGUUUGCCGCGAAUGAAAGGGGGGAAGCACCCGAAUAACCCGAUCCUGGCCGAGGACCACCCCAUGCCCCAAAACAGGGCGAGCAAAUUGGCCAGAACCAAGAUAAACCCUUUGGACGAUGACUACAUCGCGGGCUUCUCGCCUUUUGCGGUCAGGGACGUGACCUCAAGGUCGGCCCAACUGGGCAUAAGGCCGGGACAGGAAAUGAAAUACUGGAUGCGGAAAAAUCCGAACGAGGCACGAAGGCGACGCAAAUAAAUUUAUUACUAUCGUUAAUGAAUGGUUAUAAAGGUU